UCAAUUUGACAGAUAGCAGACAUGGUUGAUUUCGUGUCAAAAUAUUGUUGUUUUGUCUCUUGUAUUUUGCUGUAAAAAUCGCAUAAUAUGUCAUAAUUUUAAUAUUUUCUAUUUAUUUUAUUAGAUAACUACGUGAAUUACAAAUAAGUUGGUCGGAAAUUUAUAAUGUUUUGGUGAUUACAAUCUUCAUAGUGUGGUAGUCAUGUCAGACUGCGCGUUAGUGGCCAAUGUAAACGAACACGAUGCGAGCAUGGACGUGGGGAACGACAAGUCUCUUUUCGAGCCUACAGUUGAUAUGAUGGUAAAUGAUUUCGACGACGAGAGAACUCUAGACGAAGAAGAGGCUUUGGCGGCUGGCGAGCAGCAGGACCCGAAGGCAGAGUUGAAUAGCUUGCAGAGAGAGGGGGACAUGCCCUUGGAGGAGCUGCUCGCGCUGUACGGCUACGACAGGAGCAUGGACAAGCCCGCGCCGGAACCUACCCCCGAGGUCGUGCCUGAGGAGCCAGAGAAGGCUGAGUCCGCACUACAGCAGUUGUACACUGAGACCACAAGCCCAGAAGCCACUCGCUGCCUCCGCUCAGGCUCGCGGCCGCCCUCCGAGGAGGAGGACGACUAUGACUACAGUCCAGAUGAGGAGGAUUGGAAAAAAACUAUCAUGGUCGGCAGCGACUACCAAGCUGGCAUCCCCGAAGGUCUAUGCAGUUACGAUGAUGCCCUACCGUAUGAAAAUGAGGACAAACUAUUGUGGAACCCGACUGUUCUCGAUGAAAAAGUCAUAGAAGACUAUAUGAAAAAGAUAAGUGCUAUGAACUCUAGUACUGGAGUCGAAGCCGUUCCUUGUGGUAAACAGUUGCGCGAUGAUGAGGAAGCUCUGUUUUUAUUACAGCAGUGUGGGCACAAUGUCGAGGAAGCUUUAAGACGAAGACGGAUUUCUGCCCAAACACCAGCCCACGCAAGUUUGUGGUCAGAGGAAGAAUGUCGCAAUUUUGAAAAUGGUCUCAAAGCUCAUGGCAAAGAUUUUCACCUAAUCAGACAGCACAAAGUGAGAACUAGAUCAGUUGGGGAACUGGUACAAUUUUAUUACAUUUGGAAAAAGACAGAGAGACACGAUAUAUUUGCUAACAAAGCCCGUCUUGAGAAAAAAAAGUAUACAUUGCAUCCUGGGCAUACAGACUAUAUGGACAGGUUUUUGGAGGAGCAGGAAGCGUCAGGGGCUGGUAUGGUGAGACCGGCAUCACCGUCACCCAUGAUGGUGUAUGCACCAUCACCUGCCGCGCAGCCCGAUCCUUUAGCGUUGGGAGAGAAAGAGGUUUUCUCUCAGCUGAACACACACACAUCGCCCUCCCGAGCACUAUCAACAGAAGACCAAGAGCCUGAAGCAGGUUCCUAAUACAUGCAUAUGGCGAAGCCAUUUAACGUAGAGAGCACUGUUUGUAUCAUAACUACAUCUUAUGGUGUAAAUGUUCCCAUGCAUGCAAUGCGACAUAAAUGCAUAUUGUGUUGUUUUACUUAUAGUUGUCAAAAAUCUUCUAGAUUCUAUAGAAAAAAGCAUUUUGUUUGGUUUAAUUUAAUAAUUAGGACUAAUUGUAAUGUAGUUAAAAGUCUAUAUAAGGUAAAAAAUGCUUGUUUGGAUGUUUGCAGAUGUUGUCCAGAAUUACUUUCUCCAUUUUUACUUCUAUUUGAACUGAAAAUAUUCAGAAAAACAUUUUAUUAUUGUUUCCUAUACAAAACUAUAAUUUCUAUAUCAUAUAAUCAACUGCAAAUUAGACUGAUCUUAUUUUUUUUCGACUACAGUAUUUUAUGAUAAAUGUAUGUAUGAUUGUUAAUAAUAUUAUGUUUUUAACUUUUGAUUGUAGGGUUGGCCCUGUGCCAUUUUAAUUACAUAACGAUAAAAUAACUAUGCUAAUGCAAACAAAAUUGUCUAUAAUUAGUUAAGUACUACCAUAAGAACAAAUAACACAUAAAUUAAUUGUUCUUAUAGCACUACUAUAUUUUGUAUGUUAGUUUUGCAUGCAUGAUAGUACUUGUUAAGGUAUAGAUCAGGAACUCGUAAGCUAAAAUGUUUGCUCUCCUCAAAUCUAGGUCCCCUGGGCCACACACAUCGCGAUAACAUUCGGGUGACAUUGAUUUCACAGCGGAGCGAAAUAUUGCGACUAUGCAAAAAAGCACCGACGUGUACACGAAUUUUGAACUACACGUCGCGAUAGCGUGAAUCUUCGGGUUAUCUCUAUUUGUAUGGCCCAGGGUAAGAGCGCGGAGCGCUUGUAGACGUCCGUUUUUUUCACCGGAUAACGGACCGUGUUUUUCACCGGAUUUAGCGGCGGCGUAUGGUUUAUAAUGAACAUGUGCACAUGCAUUGGACAUAGGUCCGGCGAGAAAAUUGUCAGCAAACAAAGGAUAUCCGUUUUUUGACGGUCCGUCGUCCGGUGAAAAAACGGAUGUCUACAAGCGGCCUAAAUGUGUAUGUAAAAGAAAAUAGCACAUAGAAUUUUUUGAACAAAACAUUUGAAUUUAACGGUUUUAGUGAUUCCUGAUCUUGGCAAAGAAAUUCCUUUAUUCAUGGACUAUUCAUACUUCUUUACUACUUUUAUUUGAUGACAAUACAAAUUUUAUAUGAAUGAAUGACCCCAAAUAAAUAAGGUAAAUUAUAUUAAUUGUAUAGAAACUAUUUUAAUAGAAAGCAUAACAGUACAAUGUAAAUAAUGACUAAUACAUAAUUUAAUUUCCUUGCUUGUUUAUGGAUAGGGGAAUUAUGCUUCUGUAAGUACCAUCUUAGCGAUGAAUGAUGCAAAUUAAGUGAGGAACAUGAUUUAUCAAUAAACAGUGGUAUGUCUA